CCGGGAAUGGUCCCCCCUCCACUCCACAGAAAACCCUCCCCUCCCUGCUGUGCGUGACGCAGCCUCCCUCUGCACACAGUGCACGAAGACGCUGUCAGGAGAGCCCAGGAUUCAACACGGGCCUUGAGAAAUGUGGCUCUUGCACCUCCUGGCAUCAGCACUGUUCCACAGGGCAAGAGACCCCAUUCUCAUCCCUCAGAAGUUAUUUGGGGAGGUGACUUCCCCUCUGUUCCCCAAGCCUUACCCCAACAACUUUGAAACAACCACUGUGAUCACAGUCCCCACAGGAUACAGGGUGAAGCUCGUCUUCCAGCAGUUUGACCUGGAGCCUUCUGAAGGCUGCUUCUAUGAUUACGUCAAGAUCUCUGCUGAUAAGAAAAGCCUGGGGAGGUUCUGUGGGCAACUGGGUUCUCCACUGGGCAAUCCCUCGGGAAAGAAGGAAUUUAUGUCCCAAGGGAACAAGAUGCUGCUGACCUUUCACAUGGACAACUCCAAUGAGGAGAAUGGGACCAUCAUGUUCUACAAGGGCUUCCUGGCCUACUACCAAGCUGUGGACCUUGAUGAAUGUGCUUCCCAGAGCAAAUCAGGGGAGGAGGAUCCCCAGCCCCAGUGCCAGCACCUGUGUCACAACUACGUUGGAGGCUACUUCUGUUCCUGCCGUCCAGGCUAUGAGCUUCAGAAGGACAGGCAUUCCUGCCAGGCUGAGUGCAGCAGCGAGCUGUACACGGAGGCAUCGGGCUACAUCUCCAGCCUGGAGUACCCUCGGUCCUACCCCCCUGAUCUGCGCUGCAACUACAGCAUCCGGGUGGAGCGGGGCCUCACCCUGCACCUCAAGUUCCUGGAGCCUUUUGAAAUUGAUGACCACCAGCAAGUACACUGCCCCUAUGACCAGCUACAGAUCUAUGCCAACGGGAAGAACAUUGGCGAGUUCUGUGGGAAGCAAAGGCCCCCCGACCUUGACACCAGCAGCAAUGCUGUGGAUCUGCUGUUCUUCACAGAUGAGUCGGGGGACAGCCGGGGCUGGAAGCUACACUACACCACCGAGAUCAUCAAGUGCCCCCAGUCCAAGACCCUAGACGAGUUCACCAUCAUCCAGAACCUGCAGCCUCAGUACCAGUUCCAUGACUACUUCACUGCUACCUGCAAGCAAGGCUACCAGCUCAUAGAGGGGAACCAGGUGCUGCACUCUUUCACAGCUGUCUGCCAGGAUGAUGGCACGUGGCAUCGUGCCAUGCCCAGAUGCAAGAUCAAGGACUGUGGGCAGUCCCGAAACCUGCCUAAUGGUGUCUUCCAUUACACCACCACAAUGGGAAUGAACACCUACAAGGCCUGUAUCCAGUACUACUGCCAUGAGCCAUAUUACAAGAUGCAGACCAGAGCUGGCAGCAGGGAGUCUGAGCAAGGGGUGUACACCUGCACAGCACAGGGCAUUUGGAAGAAUGAACAGAAGGAAGAGAAGAUCCCUCGGUGCUUACCAGUCUUCGGACGGCCAGUCACCCCGAUUGCCCAGAAUCAGACGACCCUCGGUUCUUCCAGAGCUAAGCUGGGCAACUUCCCCUGGCAAGCCUUCACCAGUAUCCACGGCCGUGGGGGCGGGGCCCUGCUGGGGGACAGAUGGAUCCUCACUGCUGCCCACACCAUCUACCCCAAGGACAGUGUUUCUCUCAGGAAGAACCAGAGUGUGAAUGUGUUCCUGGGCCACACAGCCAUAGAUGAGAUGCUGAAACUGGGGAACCACCCUGUCCACCGUGUCGUUGUGCACCCCGACUACCGUCAGAAUGAGUCCCAUAACUUUAGCGGGGACAUCGCCCUCCUGGAGCUGCAGCACAGCAUCCCCCUGGGCCCCAACGUCCUCCCGGUCUGUCUGCCCGAUAAUGAGACCCUCUACCGCAGCGGCUUGUUAGGCUACGUCAGUGGGUUUGGCAUGGAGAUGGGCUGGCUAACUACUGAGUUGAAAUACUCGAGGCUUUCUGUAGCUCCCAGGGAGGCCUGCAACGCCUGGCUCCAAAAGAGACAGAGACCCGAGGUGUUUUCUGACAAUAUGUUCUGUGUUGGGGACGAGACGCAAAGGCACAGUGUCUGCCAGGGGGACAGUGGCAGCGUCUACGUGGUAUGGGACGAUCAUGCCCAUCACUGGGUGGCCACGGGCAUUGUGUCCUGGGGCAUAGGGUGUGGCGAAGGGUAUGACUUCUACACCAAAGUGCUCAGCUACGUGGACUGGAUCAAGGGAGUGAUGAAUGGCAAGAAUUGACCCUGGGGGCUUGAACAGUGACUGACCAGCACAGUGGAGGCCCCAGGUAACAGAGGG